GUUCCACCAGUUUGCAGAGGCCCCCUGAGCAGACACAAGAAGAAGGAGUUAAUCCAUGGGAAAGAAGAGUUCCUCUGCUGCCUCCACGAGACCUCCUGAAUCCCUGAGUAUGGCAAGAGCAGCAGAACCAACCUCUGCUGACAACUGGCAGCUUGUACCUGGACAGGAAAACCUUCCCUGCUUAGAGGUGGAUGAAUCAAGCAGCCUCCAUGGUGUCUUCUCCUGGGCUGAAGAGAAAAGAAAACCACAGAUUUUAUGCCAGAAGAAGCUUUGAAGGAUCCUUUCAUAGCUUUUCAUCUUGACAAGACACUAGUGAGAAAGUACAUGAGCCCACUCUUGAUUGGGGAGCUGGCACCAGAUCAACCCAGCUUUGAGCCCAGCAAGAAUAAAAAGCUGGUAGAAGAUUUCCGUGAGCUCCGUGCCACUGUGGAGAAGAUGGGGCUUUUCAACCCCAGCUGCACCUUUUUCAUGCUUUAUCUCUGUCACAUCCUGGUGCUGGAUGUUGCAGCCUGGCUCACCAUCUGGUAUUUUGGAGCAUCCACUCUGCCUUUUCUCUUCUCUGCAGUGCUUCUGGGAACUGUUCAGGCCCAGGCUGGCUGGCUCCAGCAUGAUUUUGGACACCUUUCAGUCUUUAGCAAAUCCAGAUGGAACCACUUGGUGCACAAGUUCGUGAUCGGCCAUCUGAAGGGAGCACCAGCCAGCUGGUGGAAUCACCUCCACUUCCAGCACCACGCUAAACCCAACUGCUUCAGGAAAGACCCUGAUGUGAACAUGCACCCCUUGUUUUUUGCCUUGGGAAAAACACUCUCUGUAGAGCUGGGGGUACAAAAGAAGAAAUUCAUGCCUUACAACCACCAGCACAAGUACUUCUUCAUCAUUGGUCCCCCAGCUCUGGUGCCUCUUUACUUCCAGUGGUACGUUUUCUACUUUGUGGUGCAGAGGAAACAGUGGGUGGACCUGGCCUGGAUGUUGACCUUCUACAUCCGAUUCUUCCUCACCUACUUGCCCUUGCUGGGGCUGAAGGGUAUCCUGGGCCUUCAUCUCUUAGUCAGGUUUAUAGAGAGCAACUGGUUUGUCUGGAUCACACAAAUGAAUCACAUCCCAAUGCACAUUGAUUAUGAUCAGAAUGUGGACUGGUUCUCUACCCAGCUCCAGGCAACCUGUAAUGUUCAUCAGUCCUUUUUCAAUGACUGGUUUAGUGGACAUCUGAACUUCCAAAUCGAGCACCACCUUUUCCCUACAAUGCCUCGACACAACUACUGGAAGGUGGCUCCUUUGGUGAAGUCCCUGUGUGCCAAACAUGGAAUAGAGUACCAGUGCAAGUCAUUGCUCACUGCCUUUGCAGACAUAGUGUACUCUUUGAAAGAUUCAGGGCAGCUCUGGCUUGAUGCCUAUCUGCAUACAUAAGAAGCAGUUGGGUCCUUCCAGAGGAAUUCCCCACCCUCUUUGCCUUCUGUGGUGAACUCCAAGAAGAUAACUCCAAGAAGAUACUGAACAGAGGAGAAGAGAGCUGGCUAAGCCAGAGGUGGGGAGGUGGCACUGCUUAAUUCCAUUGCUGAAUGUGAUUAAUAUGAUUUUCUUUUUUUUUUUUUUUAAGAUGUGUUCAUAGUUCUUGUGCUUCUUUCAUUCUUCUUCUCUGGUGCUGAGAGAGGGAGGAAAAGCUGAAUGGAGGAGCUUAUGUUCCACCAAGCUGGACACAGCUUUAGGACCUGGAGCAGAUUCCUUUCUGGCUGCUGACUCUUGGUUUGCUGAGUAUAGAGGAGGGAAAUCUCUCAUCUAACAUAGAUCUUUGUGUGGUGGCUGUCAGAAUGACCACAGUGAGAAAGCUGAGACACUGUGAACUCAAGGAAUGUGGGAGCUACUGGAAUGAGGAAGCAAUAAGGACUCUGUGUGUGGUAUUUUAAAAUACCUGUGUGUAAUUAACAAUGGCAAGAAAAAUGCCCAAACCAAGGGGCAGUGGGGAGGGCCUGACAGCUCAAACUCGUUUGUGUGUAGGUAGGUGAGGUGGAGAAGGUGCAGGCAGCAGUUCUGUAGGAAUAAUCAUGAGGAAAAAGAUAGAUUUAGAGCCCUAACAGAGGCAGAGAACAGGAAAAUGCAGGUUAUUCCCCAGGCAUGUGGAUGUGACAGCUCAGUAUUCCAGAUUCUGGGAAUGCUGCCAUCCACAUCUCUUCUGUGCUGAAGGCCUCUGGAUUAUUUGCCCACUGGUGACCUCCCGUGGGGUCUCUGCAAGUGGUUACCACAGUGUCAAACUUCUGAGUGUUACUGAGCCUGGUGCUGGAAGUCAGAGGAGAUGGAAGUAUGGCACAGCCAAGGUCUGUGGUCACCUCAAGCUUCACUCUUUUUUUGAGUGUUUAAUUAAGUGGAAAGAACUCAGGACUUGUGGACCAUCAAGCAGGAGAUGUUCCUGUCCAAGCUGCAGACAAGUUUAAUGAAGGUAUAAAAGCAUUAAGAAGGGAGACAUCAGCCAACACAUUGCUGGUCAUUCUCUGCUGGAUGAUGUGCCUUCAAAACACACCUCAAGAGGGGAUGUAGAAGUUUUCUUGGGAUGUGCAUCUCCUGGUGUCAGGAGACACCCCAAUAUUACAGGUGCCAAACCAGGAUGUAGCACUCAUGGCUCCAUCACCCUGUCACCUGUGACAGGUGGCUUAAGUUUCCAGAAGGGAUGGGUUGAUUUUGAGGAAUUCAUGGUGCUUUUUUUUUUCUUGUGAGGGAAUGGAAGAAGCUCAUCUUCUCAGGCCAAAAGUGUUGUUAAACACAGGAUAAAAUUGUAAUGGAAAUAAUAAAAUAAUCAUUGAUACCUGGUGAUAAAAACCAUAAAGGAAAUGGGCCCUUA